AUGGACGAAUUCAACGAUGACGACUUUGAUGAUUUGAACGACACCACUCUCCAGGAGCUUGAGAACAACGCCAUUCAAUUCACACAAGCACAAAGAAAACAGGACUCCCAGUCUCAAACUCUACCUCCGCACCAUGACCCUUCCCAAGUCGAGAACUACGAUGACUUAGAGUUCGAAGAUGACGACCUCGACGAUGCCGAAGUCACCAACGAACUUCUACCUCCCGUUACUCGCCCCUCCGUAGACAAGACCAUCUCCCAACAACAGCAACAGCAACAUCAACACCAGCAUCCGCCCCAGCCGCUUGCAGCCAGGCACCCGCCUCUACCACCUCAACAGAGAUGGAAUCCUCCACCAGCCCAUGCAAACCCUCCGACCCUCUCCUCGCGGCCGCGAUACCCUCCCCCCGUGCCAACCUACAACGCCUCUGUAGCCUCACAGCGUUUCCAGCCUGCCCACCCUGCAGCUCCGUAUCGACCUCCACCAAGCCAAUUCGUCCGACCAGCACCUCCUUCGUCCGCUCGCUUCAAUCCCCCGCAAUCCCAGUCGCAGUUGCACGCGGCACCUGGUAACGAUGUCAUUGCAGCGCUCCAGCAACGGCUCAGGGCCCUCGAAUCUGAGCUAAACUCUGCACGAGGCGAGGCCUCCAUCAUACGAACAAAUUCAACCAAGGCGGAACAGGAUCACGCAGCCGAGGUUUCCCGCCUCAAAAAACAGAAUGCCGAACAAGCUGCCAGGCAAGAGAGGGCUGUGGAAGCCGCCAUUGCGGCUGAAAGGCAAGCCACCACGGAGUUACAAUUCCUCCAAAGGGACAUGAAGGAUGCUUCGACCCGCCCUCGCCGAAGAGAGAAUGCGCCCGUGUCCGCCGCGCCAGGAACCACCACACCUAAGAAGGCUGCCAAAACCUGGGGCGUUGCGGACGGAUUUGACGAUAUGGACAUCGCUCCAAGUCCAACCAAGAACAGAGGCAAAACUCGGGACCCCGGACCUGUUGCUAUUCCAUUGUCGGAGAGGACGCCCACCAAAGGCAAACGGAAACGGCCACCAGUCGAUAGUCCCGUCAUGGCUCUGGAGACAGACGCUCAAGACGUAAUCAUGGUUGAUGACACAGGGACCACCGCCAUUCCAGUCCAGUAUCCAGGCCCUGCACCUACUACUCUCCCUUUCGAGUUUCUCCAAGUCAUAUUAGACCAUGGCUCCUUGCAUGGGGAACCACCGACUUUUGACAUAUUAUCACGAUACGCAUACCCGUCCGAUCCGACCACGUCUUUUGCAUCCUUCAUUUUCCAGCAUUUGCCUCUCAUGGGCACGCCGCUGAAUCCGGUCCAACUUCUGGUAGACUUCGCCCGUCUUGUAAUUCAGAUGUGGAGCCAGUGUUUGAGAGAGAAUUUCUUGCGGCCAAUUUGGGACCUAGCCUCACUCCUCUCCUUUACUCUGCAGCUCCAGACCAUAUCAGUGGUCCCGCAGAUCGUCAGUGACUUGGUUCCUACGCUGCAACAGUCUAUUUAUUUAGUUGCAGAAGCUCGAUUCAAGAGCCAGGAUGGCGAUGUGUCAGCAGGGGCAGCCACAGAAACCCUGCAGCAGCACGUCGAUACUACGUACAUCCUGUCUUUGCUGAACGCCUCUGCCGCAGCCUGCGCUACGACAAUGCUCGAAGCAGACGGCGGUGCGCAGACGAGACAAGCCGAAUUUUGGCAGCUGAUCACUCUUGAUCUAGUUCUCAUCCUUCUCACCCCCAAACAACAGCUGGACGACAUCAUCGGCAUGCUUGAUAUGCUGUGCACUUCUACCCUCCCAGAUUCCCUUGGCCCCAUCAUCCUAGGCAAAGACGCCGACCUAGCUGCUAGAAUGAUCAUCGACAAGGUUUCUCUCAACCUAGUCGACUUACCUAGAGCAGUGUCGUCUGUAAGCCAGAAGCACGCAGUAAGAUUCGCAGUCUUACGAACACUCAUGGCCUUUACCCGUACCCCGUAUGGAGCACGACAGGUCGCGGGCCACGUCAGUGUCAUACCCCGGUUAGUCACAGCUCUGGGCGAGCUUGUCGAUGUUUUGUACGACCUUUCGGACCCCGUAGUGGAUACCUCCAGUGGCGGUCUCUCCCCUUCACACAUGAACUUGGCCGUGGGUACUACCCCGGACGAUCGCCGCGAUGGUGUAAACGACUUGGACGACGGCCGAAGUGGCGUCUCCUUGUUGGUAUCUCAGAUCAUUCUGCUUCUCCAUACCAUGGUAACAGAUCCGCAGACGGCCAACGUCGCAAACAUCCUCUCAAAGCUCUCCAUGUCCCAUGGCGGCUCUCAACGGUACAUCCUUUCCUUGUCACGACUUAACUUUGCAGAAGAGGAUUUGGUCUAUGAGAACGCGAUAGACGCGGAUACUGUUGAUCGAGCUCAUGAGUUAUUGGAGAUUGCCGUGACCCCUGACGAGGGCGAUAGUAUCGCCAUUUCGUUUGGGUUCACCUACCCCAAGUGGCAUCGGUCAUUUUGGAACUCGCAGUAUCCGGAUGCCAGGACCCUGGGCUCGCUUCUCAACGACAACGAAUGCAGGUAUGCCAAGGGCGCCCUAACAUCGUACUCGGCUUCGUUUAGUACGAAGGCAAUCAGCAAAUGUAUCAUCACAUUGGCCGUCGCUAGACUGAAGCGGCCCACACACGAUCGAGAAUGUGGAGAGUCAUGCAUCACGUCGCCGCGAUCUGAUUUGCAGGACCCUUUAGAGACCAUCGGACUGAUUAGGAAUCGUCUCCAAACUUUCUUCGAUUAUAGAAAUUCGGCCGAGAAACGUGGACCACAAGCUUCACAUUACCCCCAGGAGGGCCCCACACCACGAGAGAUGCUCGGACCCCGUGGACUAAGAGUUACUCGAUUCGGAUGUGCUGAUCCCCAAGCUCUGCGAUGGCGUCGAAACAGAUCGUUUACUUCAGGCAAAGCCUUUGCUCUUCAGCUUAGCGCCUACCAGUCAUCGCCCAAUUCAGCGCGCGCCCCUGAGUCAAGAGGAAGCAUCUCGUCCGAUAAAGCAGCCACUUGGGAUGGUUCGUCCAAACCACGCCUGGGUCCGAGCCCGGAUGACAACAACAACAAUACCACGGUCACUUUCGCGGGACUCGAGGUAGGCGGAUCGGAGUCAAAGACCACCACUCAGCAAGACAAGCGGGCUGAAGUCUCCGAUGGAGGAACCCCUCCUCCUGAAGACCCCUCGCACCCCAUCAUGAACAGCAUAUAUGAUGCGACUUGA